CUGCUUCAGUUUCCGUAAAGUAACUCAUGGAUUAAAUGACUCACAGUUGCAUGUGUUUGCUUGUGGUCUGAAUGCAUUUGGUAUUUUCUUCUAGCAACAAGAAAUUAGUUUUUAGUCAAUAUAGCUUUGCUGUUAACCCUUUCUGUGUGUUCCUUCUUUUUUCUUUGUCAGGGGACGGCUGGUGUACAUCACAGUUAAAGAUUAUCCUUCUUGGUGGCAGAAACUCUGGGAAGAGCUCUGUGGGGAACUUAAUCCUGGGCAAAGAGGAGUUUGGGACCAAAGAGAGGACCUCGUGCUCCCGGAGGCUGGGCAUGGUGGCGGGACGGUGGCUCACGGUGGUGGACACUCCCGGCUGGUGGUGCGACUUCAGCUCUCAGGACACGCCCAAGCUGGUGAAGAGGGAGAUUGUAAGCAGCAUGUCUCUGUGCUCACCGGGCCCACAUGUAUUUCUGAUCAUAAUUAAGGCGAGGUCGGGCUUCUCCGAGAAGCGUCGGAGGGCUGUAGAGGAGCACGUGAUGCUGCUGGGUGAGAGGGUGUGGAGUCACUGCAUGGUUGUCUUCAUCUCUGCUGACUGGUCUGAACACACAGGAGCUGAAGAGAUCGUACGCAGGGGGGGGGAGGCCCUCCGCUGGCUCAGUGACAAGUGCGGUCAGAGGUGUCACAGUGUUAUCUCGAGGCAUGGAACUGAAGUCACCGAGCUGCUGGAGAAGAUACAGGAACUUGUCACGGGAAAUGGAAACAGAGUGUUUGAAAUGCAAGAAAACAUUUUACAGGUGACUGCAGAGGAGAAGAGGAGAGUGGAGGAGAGGGCUCAGCAGAGGUUUGUGAGAAUGAGGAAACACAGGUCUCUCAUGAGAGAUAGCUUGUGGCCCAUUACUAAUAUCCGGAUUGUGUUGGUGGGAGCAAAGGGUUCUGGGAAAACCUCCACUUUGAACACAAUCCUGAGCAGAGAGAGCAGCCAGCGAGUGAGGAGAACCGCCCAGUGCGUGGUUGGAACAGGAGUGGUGUUUGGGAGACAGGUGACGGUGGUGGACACACCGGGCUGGUGGAUGAACUACUUCUGUGACGAGAGUCCCGUCUUCGACCGGAGACAGCUGGUGCUCAGUUUGUCCCUCUGCCCUCCGGGGCCUCAUGUCUUCCUGCUGUUGAUCCGUGUGGACAGAGCCUUCAGCGAAACCUACAGGAGGGCAGCGCAGGAGCACCUCCAGCUGAUCAGUGACCACAUUUGGAGUCGUGUCAUUGUGCUGUUCAGUUUCGGGGACUGGCUGGGAGGCACGACCACGGAGCAGUGCAUCGAGAGCGAGGGAGAGCCCCUGCGCUGGCUUGUUGAAAGAUGCAACAACCGGUAUCAUGUCCUGGACAAUACAACUAAAGGGGACGGAUUUCAAGUCAGAGAGCUGAUUGGGAAGAUUGAGGAAAUGUUGGCCGGCUGCAACGCUGGCCAGCAUUAUGAAAUAGAGAGGGAAGUGAUGGAACAGCUGGAGGGGAAGAUGAGAAGAGAGGAGGAAAGAGCCAAGGAGAGAGUGGCGAGGAAGGAGAAACGAAGGCAGAUGGCGAGGUCUCAGCUGGAGAAGCUCACCCCUGUUCCAGAACUGAGAAUAGUACUGGUUGGUGGCAGGAAAACAGGCAAGAGCUCAUGUGGAGACACCAUCCUGAGCAAAGAGUGCUUCCACACAGGAACCCCAACGACUUCCUGCUCCGAAAAACGAGGCAAAAUCAGCGGCAGGACGGUGGCAGUGCUGGACACACCGGGCUGCUUCUCUAUAACCUCUGACCUCCUCGUGGCAUCCUGUGCCAUCCUUCUGGUUGUCAAUGUGAGCUCCUCAUUCAGAAAUAGCCACAUGGAGGCCAUGGAGAAACAGCUGGAGGCAGGAGGAGGCCAGAUGUGGAGCAGAGCCGUGGUCCUGUUCAGCUACGGCGAUUGGCUGGGCGACACGAGCAUCGAGCAGCGCAUGGAGAGUGAAGGAGCGCCGCUGCAGAGGCUGGUUGAGAAGUGUGGGAACAGAUAUCACGUCCUGGACAAUAAACACCGGGACGAUGGAGCUCAGGUUUACGAGCUCAUCGAACUGAUAGACGAGAUGCUGGUUAAAGAAAGGCUGGCUAUUCUUCACAGAGGUGAUCCCAUGUGGAAAAGUGUUUCUUCACGAGACGUGACGCUGCGUAAAAAAGAUGUAGAGAUGCUCAGGAGCUGCAGACAACAGCUGUCCCAUGACUUGACUGAAUCAGCCAACCCCACUACUCAAACAUCACCAAACUGCUCAGGAGGCCCAGAUAACGGUGGCCUGGUAGUGGCACUACCAGCAGGAAGACGAGGAUGGACUGGACUCAACAUCCAAGACAGAGACAGCUUCAUGUCCUGUUUGGCCUCAAUGCUCUCUGGUAGAGAAGCACUGAGGUGGACUAUAAAUCUGCCUGUUUGUUUCCCUACUGAUGAUCUGCACCUGAGACUGAACGGUGAAUGCCGUCUGUUCUCAUCCAGAUAUCCAACAAUGCUUCUGGUUUUACCUCAAACACAACACAAGAUGCGGAUUGCGGAGGAAAAUGGCAUCAGUGUGCAUUCCCUCUGCCAUCCUGCACUGAGAGAGCGGACUCUUGGGAGGCUCACUGAAUCCGGAGGUCUGCAGGCGCUGAUCGACCAGUGGGAUGACAGCUGCAGCCUGGAGGAGCUGGAAGCCUUCAUCGACUCCUACUUUGAGAAGAUUUGGGAGCAAGCCAUGGGGUCGUUUCAGGAACCUGAAGCUGAGUUUCCCACCGCGGAGCGGGAUGCUGUCGUCGAGGAGGAGGCUGGACAGAAGCAAGUGCUCUCAUCUAUCGACAGGAAACUGUCAAAGCUGGAGCUGCUUGAGGAGAUCAGGAGGGAUCUGGCCGAGAUGAGGACGAGUCUGGAGCACACCUGGAAGGCCAUACAGGAACUCAGAGAAAAAAGCUUCCCAUAAAAUUUGGGGGAUUAGCUCCCAUUGAGCCACAAGAGCAUGGUGCGAUGAAGCCCGGCUCGCAGUCACCAUUCCCGUUCAUCCCGAAGGUGUUGGAUGGGGUUGAGGUCAGGGCACUGUACAGGCCUGUCAAGAUAAAUCUGUACAGCAUAUGAGACCCUGUAUCUUCCUCUUUAGGCUCAGACUCCCUAACAAAAGGAAUACAACUUCAGGAUGAGCAACAGAGGAGGAAUCCCUCUUCCAAUACAGACAAUGUUUUGCGUACAGAGUAGACAGAAAUACACAUAAUGUAUGUAUGUAAAAUUACAAUAUGGAGAAAUAAAAUGACAAUGUUAGGUAGAUAGAUAGUAGACAUAUAUGAGGAAUAUGGACCCAGGAAGAUGUCCUUCCAGGUUCCGCUCUGCCACAAAGACCUGGAAAGGUUACAGACCACACACACACACACACACACACACACACACACACACACACACACACACACACACACACACAGCAAAGCAAAAAGAAUGAAAGGUUAGAGAUGAAUUAUUAAAAGACCACAGAACAAGGUGCAGUAGCCUUUCG